CCCCACCAGCCCAACUACGUCUCCCACCGCCACCUACAUCCUCUCGCUAUGCUGCCGCUUUGCAUUUGACUGUCGAGCAAACCCUUCGACUUGACGCCAUCUUGGCGGAAUACAGAGGAAAUCACCCGGAGGUACUGGCAAGACGUGGGGAGAUCAUAGCAGAGAUAAUGUACGCUCGGCUCGCGUUACUCGCACGCCUGGAACAAAGGCCUCUCCCAAACCGCGACGAACAGGGACACAACAGAGGCGAUGAAGUUAUGGCAGCGCCAGGGCAAGAAGCAGCACGGGCAGGAGAAGCCGAGAGAGAGAUCCAAAUCGGAGCAGCGCAAGAGAGACAAGGAGCAGAAGUCCAACAGCGAGGAGCCAGAAGAGAGGUCGAAGCACGACGAGGAGAAGCCAUACGACAAGUAGAAGGGCGACGAGAGGGAAG